CAACAUUAUGUUUCUUGGAAAUCUACAGGAUGGAGGCCCUGUCCUUGAACCUGCGCCUUCUAACAUUAUCCGGCAUUGUUGAACCCACAUCUGUUUCUGGCAGCCUCUGGAAGAAGUCUCUGUUCUCAAUGUACAUGACCACAUCCAUCAUUGUGUUUAUACCAAUCCUACUGGGGGAACUGACGGCUUUCUACCAUUUCUGGGGAGACCUCGUGGUUAUUACCAACAACAUGUUUACUUUAGUUGGUAAUGUCACUUUCUACGGAGAAGCACUCUACAUCAUUGCACGGAAGAAGGACUUCCUGAAGCUGGUAGAGAAACUUCAGGACAUGAUAGAUCAUAUGCCAAGGGCUGGUGCUAAGUGCGACCUCAUUGCCAAACAGACAGCAAAACGCAGCAAGUCACUCACUUUGAGCAUGUUGUUCAUCGUAUACAUGGUUCCCUUUAGCUGGAGUAUUUCACCUCUUGUCAGCAUGCUCCUCGCAGUUGACGAGGACAUUCCAGAACAUGACACUCAGCUUGAGGAUGAGGUUGAGGAAUUCUGGAAGAGCCUUAUAUCUAUUAUGUGGCUGCCUCUGGAUGCUACACAAUCCCCUGCGAGAGAAUUUAUCUACAUGGGUCAGGCAUUUGUGUUCUUAAUCACUGCCUCUUACUACACCUCGGUAAACACUGUUUUUGUGGCGUUGAUUGUGCAAACCACCGGUCAGUUCGAGAUCCUCCUGGCCACAAUAAACCACAUGGAUGAUGCCGUGAGGUCACAAGAUCUGCUACCAUUUGAAAAAACUGAGGACCUCACAAAUACAGUUCUAAUGGACGUGUCUGAAGGUAAGGUGAUGAGGUGGAUGCACCAACAUGAUGAUCCAACGGAUUUACGUCCAUACUUUGUGGCUGUCAUACGUCAUCAUCAGAUGAUUAUUGCAUUCGCCAAGCAACUGAACGACCUUCUCAGUCCACUGCUAUUCUUAUAUUUCUUCAGCGCUCAAGUCAUGAUGUGCGUCAUGGCUUUCCAGAUGGUGCUCACUUGGGAAGAACAGAAUAAUUUCCUUAAGUUCUGCUUUGGGCUUCUCUGUGUCCUGGUGGGUCCAUUUUUCUUCUGCUCGCAAGGAGACGUACUUAUUCAGAAGAGUUUCGAAGUACAGCAAGCUGUGUAUGGAUGUAAGUGGUAUUACCGUUCGGAGCGCUUCAAGCGGACAAUGCUGCAAGUGAUCACGAGGUCACAGAGACCUGUGAGCCUCACAGCCGGAAAACUGUACAUAGUAUCCAUGGAAUCGUUUGCGAAGAUGCUGAACACAGUUUAUUAUUAUUUCGCGGUGCUGAAGCAACUUCAUGAGAAAUGACGCAGCAAGAAGAUAUAUUGAGGAUUUGUUUCAACAGUAACAUUUUAGCACCACAUAAAAUUGUGAUCACGUGGGGUCAUAGUGACGCCAUAAUAAAACUUCGUGCACAGAAUUUUAGAACGCAAAUGAACCGACAAUAACCCAUCAUGAACAUUCACAUCCCAACUCAAGUAAACAAAUCCAAACCUAAUGUACUCAUACCAAAUGCAACAGUCAAUAAUUCUGGAAGCUUUGUAAUCAUUUAUCCAAAAAUAAAAUAUGCAAUGCAGAAAAACUA